CUGGCCAGAUGGCUUGAAGGACCUGACCCUCACAAGCCUGCCCUAAAGCUUUGCUUGGCGCCGCGUCUUCUAUAAGUGCGGUACCUUGCUAUGGCUGUUUGGCAUCUAAUGGAACACCUUGACGAUCGUCCGUCGAACGUCAUGGUUCCUGCCCAUUCGAGUAUCCGAGGUUUUUCCUUUGCGAAUGACCCCUAUAAAGAGUUCGAAUUACAGUCACGCCAAGCCAGGGGCAGCUUCACCGCCAGCGUGGCCGCAUCGACAAUCCCCAUUCCCCGCAACAAGACCACUCCGCCGCCUCAGUCGUCCGGUCCACGCCCAGUUGCGCGAGGUCCAGCGGCCACGAGACGGCGUAAGCGUCAAGACACCCCCCAUCAGCAAUACCCGUCGCACCCUCAAUCACCCCUAUACACAGCAUUAGAUCACCCGAGAUCCUUCGCUGCAUGUUACAACGCGCCAUCACGACCCACAACACCUUACACCCGCACGCCGUCACCCGAAAGAAAGUCAUGUAUGCCCCGAAAUCAUGUAACGGAGUGAAACCUGGCUCCAAAAGGUAGAGAGUUAGGAUCACGUCCGAUUCUCCCCGGUUCUUCAUUUUUCGAGACCCUUCAAAAUUUAAAGAUUCCCACCGUUAUCUGUUCGCCUUUCUGCUCACUGUACCUUUUCCGUAGCCCUUUUCUCUGCCCCGGCCUAUCCCCUUUUUUUGUAGCUUGCUUCCUUGCCGGCAAACGACAGAGUUUAUGGGAUUUUGACCCGCUUGCGCGUCGGUGCCUCAGCUUUCUCGUCUAGAGCCUAACUUUUAGACGGGAAUUGUUGCAGAAUGGA